GACAUGCUCGAUCUCUCUCCUCUCUCUCUCGGGCACUGCCGUCCCUUCUCAUCCGCUCUUCUUCUUUGAACGUGUCUCAUUUCCCCUGCACCCCCUCCGCGUGGAAACUAUCGAAUCAACGUUCAUUCUUCCCCUUGCUUGUCGGCGAGGAAGUCCCCGAAGGAAGACAUCAGUCGGCUUCGAUUCUCUGGAGACGAGGAGCUUUGCAAUAGCUACUCGGUGGAACAUCUGUUCCUAAGUAUGCGCCAUUUGGUGCAGACAAGGACUGUUUCGUCGAUUUUUCUCGUUGAGCUGUUUCAGUCAGGGUGUUGUGUACAUAGUUUACGCAUCAGAUAGGAGACGUUUAUCGAAGUUGGUGGUGGCACAACAGGAGGUAGUGAAUCAAAUGGCCGGUGAUCCAGUCACUCCUGCGGCGAAGAACUCGUCAGACAACGCCAGAGUUGUUCGAAGAAGAGUGAGCAAAUUUUCAACAGCCGACAAAGAGAAUUUUAACGUGUAUGGAGGAAAUGUCGGCGAGAAUCAGAAGAAGAGUCCAUUGCCUGUGGGGUAUCCUCGUCGUCCUCUACACGAUAUAACUGCUGUUUUGCAGAGUUUCGAUGAUCAGGACGAAGCGAGUACCAGACCGCACAAACACUUCACACGCUCGCAAAUGGGUUUGUGUUCCCGCAAUUAUGAGCUGAUUGAAACGAGCAGUUCAACUAAGAACGGAGCGGGAUCGAGUUCCAAGGAGUCUAAAGGGAAGUCAGUAAAACAAACUGCAACAACGACAACGACAUCAACAAAGAGGACGAAAUCUGUUCUACCAGUUGAUCUUCAGAUUCAUGACAGGGAAAAUCAAGACCCCGGCAUUAAUGUCAUCUUAGAAAAAAAGGUGAAGAGUGUCAGGUUCGCUGAAGUCGAAUGUACGAGUGAGAAUGCGAAUGUCGAGAUGCCACUUCCGGUAUUACCACAUGUUUCCAAAGACGAAGCACUCUUUGGCGGUUUUGAGACCGGUGCGGAGGAAGCUUUUGCUAACCUUCGAGAAGACAACGACACCGUCAUCGUGGCAGAGACGAGCGCAGAGGGAAGCCAACGCGAGUUGAAAAGCGAGACUUCUUCUCGAUCUUCGAUGGAUGUUGCGAUAGAAACUAGUGCACAGGUAUCCAAUGCGAAGCCUAUGGAAGCAGAGAGUAGUACUGCGAAUCGAAGGACGAGAUAUCAACACUUGCAGGAACAGAAAAUGCAGAAGCCUUUGUCUAGCAGGUCCAGCGUGGUAAAAUUUAGAUAGAAGUAAGCAGAAAAUGUGAAUGGCAUGAGGUUGUGUCCAAUGCGCCCGAGCAUGUCGACGGAAAAUCUUCAUGAAGACUAGGCAUGCGCACACGACUCUUAUCUCGAGAUUCUCAACUUGAGAAAUUUGUUUCUCCAAGGGAGGUGCCACCUUAUUCUGAGAAGACCUCCGAUCGUGCAUGAGAAACAUUCUAAGUUAUCUGGAGACUUAUCGAAUGUUUGAUAAGUCCUCUGUACAAAUUAGUUAGUUCUUGGAUCAGUAGAACUCCGCGAGGUGAGAUCGGUCAGCGAAUUGACCUUUCAUAUUUAGAAGGUGCUAUUCGCAUAGAAUCUCCACAUGAAAAAUUGAAUCUGGAAUAUACUCAAA